AUGGUCUUACUUGCAUGUUUUAUCCAAACGUUUUGGUUACAGGGCAAAUAUGUGAACGGUGCACGAUCGCGGGAGUACAACGUUUAUUCGACUUUUCAAUCACAUGAACCGGAAUUCGAUUACUUAAAAUCACUCGAGAUUGAGGAGAAAAUCAAUCAGAUCAAAUGGCUCAAGAAGAAGAACGCUGCAAAUUUUAUACUCUCAACAAAUGACAAAACUGUAAAGUUAUGGAAGAUCAGCGAACGUGAGAGAAAAGUUGCCGAUGAUUCUUGGAAUAUUCGACGUGGACAAUUCGUUGGUAGCCUGCAAAUUCCAAAUAUAGUACCAAUGGAAUUGAUUGUGGAGGCCAGUCCAAGAAGAGUGUACGGAAAUGCCCACACAUAUCACAUCAAUAGCAUAUCUGUUAAUUCUGAUCAGGAAACUUUUCUUUCUGCAGAUGACUUACGAAUCAAUUUGUGGCAUCAUGAAAUAACGAACGAGUCCUUCAAUAUUGUCGACAUCAAACCAACGAAUAUGGAGGAGUUGACAGAAGUCAUCACUGCUGCCGAAUUCCAUCCCCACCAAUGUAACUGGUUUGUCUACUCGUCCAGUAAAGGUUCUAUCCGUCUCUGCGACAUGCGAGAUCGUGCGCUAUGUGAUGCUCAUGCAAAAAUAUUCGAGGAGGCAGAGGAUCCCAGUUCAAGGUCCUUCUUCUCCGAGAUUAUUGCUAGUGUCAGCGAUAUCAAAUUUUCGCACAAUGGGCGGUACCUCCUCACUAGGGACUAUUUGACUGUGAAGGUAUGUCGCUUCUUUUGA